UAAAUAUUAUCAAUUUUAGAAAACAAUUAAAAUUCUGAGCGAAACUGUCACAUAUUUUUUUAAAAAUUAUGAGCCUUUUCUCCUUCUUUGCUUUAGUAUUAUUGAAAUGUGGCAUAACCUUUUCAAUCUUCGCAGAUUUGACGGACUGGAAAUCUAUGAUUUUUGUUCUCCCAAAUUUGCGAAUUGAAGGAGCUCACAGGUCCUGUGCUGAGUUGGGAUAUUUGUUCUGCUACAUUGGCUUUGUGGUUGACAGCAGGCAGAGUCCUCGCAUCCCCCACUCGUUUGACUAUGCCCAGUUCUACCAGCUGAUUCGACCAGUGCACAAAAAAAUCAACUGGAUCUCACUCUCACAAAGAAACGCAUUUGAGCGUGGCGGUUGUUGUCAUGACCAGACUGAAAUUUACCAGAAAUACGGGCAGAGAAAUGGCAUGACCCCUCUAGAAUACUCCUCCAAUGCCACCGACUUCAGAAGCCGCAGAAAGAAACUUAAUGUAGUGGAGGUUGGAGAAUUUAGUCUCAAAUUUGAAUUCUCAAGUAAUGCCUCAGUCAAAGAAAUCGAAUAUUCGGUUUCUGUACAAAACAGUCCCAUACUAAACAGUCCAAAACAGUCCGGAAAAGUAUGA